ACGGCGACCCGGGUGGGCCGAGACAUCCGGUACAGGGAUGUGUCUCCUUUUGGGUGCAACUGGAGUCGGGAAGACUCUGCUGGUGAAACGGCUGCAGAAGCUGAACUCCCGGGACGGGAAAAGUGACCUUGGUGACCCACCCCCCACCCAGCCCACGGUGGGUACUGAUCUCACUGACAUCAUGGCCCAGAGAAAGAUGACUAUCCGGGAGCUUGGGGGAUGCAUGGGCCCUAUCUGGUCCAGUUACUAUGGAGAUUGCCGCUCUGUGCUGUUCAUGAUUGAUGCUUCUGACCCCACCCAGCUUUCCUUAUCCUGCAGUCAGCUCCUGGGCGUCCUUUCUGCAGAACAACUAGCUGAUGCAUCCGUCCUGAUCCUCUUCAAUAAGAUUGAUAUGCCCUGUUACAUGACCUUGGAGGAGAUGAAGGCCCUAAUCAGACUCCCAGAUAUCAUUGCUUGUGCCACGCAGUGUAUCACGACAGCAGAAAUCAGUGCCCGGGAUGGCACCGGUCUGGCAGCCGUCCUACAAUGGCUCCAAGACACCCAUAAAGCCAACAGCUGAUUGAAGGCUGAAGAAGUAGAGGUGACAAUCCUUUUUGAGACAGAAGAACAGAGAAGGCGUGGCCUGUAGGGCUUUGUCCUCAGGGCAGAAAGGCCCAGGCUGAACCACCAGAAGAUGAUUAGGGUGGGCCUCAGCUCAACUGACUGAGUUAGCAGGUAUUAAGUGGAGGCUGUUUACAAGGCUUGAAAGUCUCUGGUAACUGAACUGCAAACUGAAGAGCUGACCACAGCACUGAAAGGAUGUUUUGGACAGCUAGGUCACCCCUUGGAAAAGUCAUUUAGUAUUCCUAAUGCUGCCUUUGGAAGAUUAUACUACUUCUCGGCCUUUGAUUCUCCAGUGUAGUUUGCUGGCCUCUCUCUGGCCCUGAUAAGGCAAACAUCCCACCUCCAUCCCUUUACCCCAUCCCACCCCAGAAGCUGAAGCAGCAUACAACCACCUGGAUUUGGCUUAUUGAUAAUUAUCUGGGCUCUACUUUUCUAUCCAAAUGUCAGAGGCAUAUGGGAUAGGUCUGCCGUCAGACAGGUGGUAUAAAUUUUCUUAUGGGAAUAAAGCCUAGAUUUUUAAAUGAAGCAUGUAUAUUUAUUUAGCAUUUCAUGGUUGACUGAGAAUCACUGUAUAAUAAAACUCUUAAUAAUUCAUAUUCAUAUUAUACUUUAAGGUUUACAAAGUGCUUUACAUAUCUGGGUACAUACAAGCUCCUUCAGGAUUGUUUUUAUUAUAGUAUCCCUAAUCCAACAAGUGGUUUGCACAGAUAAAAUGCUUAAUACUAUUUUAAAAAAAUUGAAUGAUAGCCCUAUAUUACUGUCCCUAUUUUAUAUGUGAGGCAAACUGAAGUUCAGAAACAUUAAAUGAUUUGUCCCAGUUUCAUAGCUAGCAGUUGUCAGUAUUUGAAUACACUGACUUCAACUCCAUUACUCUUUCUACUACAGCAUGCCACCUAUACAAACUUCCUCCUUUGUGGAAGACUUAAAAUCUGUGUUUCUUAAAAUUGGAAAUACCGAAAUCACAAGUCCUUCCUAUCUUCCCUAUACAAAAAAAUCUCCCUAUGUGUUCAGUGUUAGGAAAUUUCUAAUCUCAUGAGGCAGUUCAUUCAGUUGUUGGGACAGCUCUAACUAUUAAGUAUUAUUAGUACCUCUUAAGUUGAACUCGUUAGAACUUUCACCUUCUGGUCCCAGGACUGCUUUCUGGAACUCUGUAAGAUAUCUGCACCCUUUCUCACAAUAUAGCACUUGAAAAUAUUUGAAGCACUUUAACAUUCCUGCUACUUUGUCAUCCCUCUUUUCCACUUAAUCUUCUCAUCUUAAAGUUAACUAUCAGUAAAAGUACAUUAAUAAAUAUUUAAGUACCUACUAUGUGCUAAGCACUGUGCUAAACUACUUUCAAAGUUAUACAUCCCUGAGGUCUUUGCUUUGACUUGAUCAUUCCUGGAGACUUCUUAGGCUAGAUACAUAAUCCUUUUUGUAUGUCAAAUGUUAUGGACCUGAGUCUGGUAAUAAAUUUUCUCUGAAUUUUUCCUGCCAUCUA